AUGACAAGAGUCGACAGCCUCAUAGAGUUGUGUGAAUCCGAGGGACUAUCGUUCGACAUUACAACAUAUCGCCAACAAGCUGGUUUGGGCAAUAUUUUCGACGCACUCAAGGGCGACACGAGUAUAGCGCAACUUGAAACGCUUCUCUGGGAUAACCCAGAACAUGCCCAGGAGAAAGGCCUGCUCUCGUCUCUAAAAGCCAACUCCAAGGCAACCGACGACUCCGUGACGGCGGCUAGGGAAGCAUGUCAUAGUUCGAUCAAGGCGAUACAGACGUUAGAAGGCCUCUGUACCAAAGCUGUGUCACCCUCGCCAGACGUUGAAGGGACACAAGCAAAUAUUCUUCCGGCACUCAACGAGGCCUGGAACGUGCUAAUCAGAGCAAAUGAGUCCAUGAUAGAGGCUCGACAUGGCCAAGUCGCAUCGACUGGCAUUUUCCUCGAUUUUCUGUCCAAGCGCAAAGACACUCGCAUUGAGAUGUUUAUCACUGAUGUGAGUGCAGUAGAGGCUGAGUAUGACGACAAUUCACAAGAGCGGUUCUUGUUAGAAAGCUUUUAUGAAGCUCUCCGACUUGCCGAAACACCUAGGUCGGAUAUCUGGGUAUUUUGGGCUGGGGGGCGCCUUAUUAGAGAUGGUCCCUGGAAGAUCAAGAACACCGCGUGGAAAGCUGAAGAGAAAACAUACGAAGCUGACGCCUUUGUGUACCAUCGUAUGGUUAAAAUGAAGAAGAUAAACUCAGAUGGAAGUAUGACACGUCACCCCAGAGGAGCCUAUAGUGAUGAUCAGGGUGUUGAAAUGCCAUAUCGGAUAGCCAAGCGUAUGGCAUUCUAUGUAUCGGAUGGUCAGGUUGUCCCGACCCAAGAAACCCAGACGGCAAUACAAAGGCUGGAGGAAGACAAAUUCGACUUUUGGGAGUUGGAAUAUGAAAGUGUUCGGCAUCCCCCCUUUUCCCAUUUCUGCCAGGUGUGGUACCAGAUGCAAGGCACAUUGAAUACGCUUAGCGGGCCCAAUGGGUCAUGGAGAAAGGCCGACGAUUAUGAUAAAGCCCGCUCUGCAAUAUCCGUUCGAGAGAAGCUGGCAAGAAGUAUGGACUACAUUGAAGAGAUCGAAGAGUCUAUGGAUAGACUUAAUUCCAAUGUAUUGGAUCCUAUGCUGAUAAGCUUCAGGGAUCUGAUCAGCAAUUUGCAAGACUUGGCUGCUAACAUCCUCUAUGGGGAUAAUGAUGACCAACAGAACAGUCUUGAAGAGUUGAUAACAUCGACUAAACUGUGGACUUCAAGUUACAAGCUCAUGAACGACUUUUUUAACAAAUCUCUGCCGAUACAUUUUCGAGAUUUUGCUGGUGUCGCAGAGAUUUCUGACCACAAACUUACCACUCAGGUAGCUCCAAAAGACCUGGACUGGGACCAAGUUGUCAUGGGUUUCGAAAAAAUCGACCUUGACAAGCAGAAGAAGCUAUACAGCUUAAUUGCCCAUAAAGAUGACCAAAAGAACGCACCUACCAUCACAACCUACGGCGACCCAGACUCUACACCGGUAGGAGCUCGGGCACAUAUGUUGGAGAUACCCAAGUCAGGCCAGAGUGAGUUUGGUAGAGUCAGCAACUGGAAACAAACAAAAGCCGGCGACUACUAUGAGAUUCCUGUUACUUUUAACAACACCUAUACUUCAAAGCCGAAUGUUAUCUGUUGGUUGGAGGGUUUCGAAGCUCAUACGACGAAAAAUCUUCGUGUCCGUGCAGAGGUCACUGGCAUCACUGAAAAAGGCUGCGUCAUAAGAAUCGGUAGUUGGUGGGAUACAGAGCUUGUCCACAUUAAUGCCGUCUGGUUCGCGCACGCUUCUGAUCACCCACACAUUUUCACUGGAGGUGGCAGUGUGCACAAAUACGGGCAUCAUUCCGAUGUAUGGGCGCCUUUUGUCUCAAUUAACUUCCCUGAAGGGAAGUUCAAGAAGCGAAGACCUGACAUCUUUCUGGCAAUCUCAGUUCUCGAUACCCAUCAUCUGUUCAACACUAGAUGCGAGUUGAAGGCCACAAACAUUACCCAACGAGGUAUGAAAGUCUCGGUGGAUGCAUGGUGGGACACAUAUUGCUACCAGGCUAGCUUUUCAUGUAUUGCGUUCGAUCCAGACUUCUUUCAGUAUGCAUCAGGGGUUUAA